UAUUUUCGAAGGUCUUCUUUUUAUUCUCUAUUUCUCUCCAAUAUAUUUCAAACGCCAAAACCCUAAACCCCGAACUUCGAAGCGAAGCGGAGCGAGGCGAAAUUGUUGUACUCUGAACAUACCUUCAAUGGCUACUGUACCUGUUAAUCCCAAACCUUUCUUGAACAAUUUGAUUGGAAAUCCUGUCAUUGUAAAACUCAAGUGGGGAAUGGAAUACAAAGGUUUUCUCGUUUCCGUGGAUUCAUACAUGAACCUGCAGCUGGCCAACACUGAAGAAUAUAUUGAAGGCCAAUUCACUGGAAAUCUUGGAGAGAUUCUGAUCAGGUGUAACAAUGUUCUCUAUCUUCGCGGGGUACCAGAGGAUGAACAAAUAGAAGAAGCUAAUCAAGACUAAGGUGGAUUUUAGCAGUAAAAUAGCCGUGGCCCAAAUUAUUAUUCCGGUCACUAUGCGUAUCACUCCCAGAAGUUAUAUCUUGUAUUAUAGCAUUUGAAUGUACCGAGUGCAGUGCUAAAUAUUAGUUGGGGUCAAUAUCUCCUCCGGGCUUUACAAUGCAUUGAGAGAUGCUGGAUUUUACAUGACUCUGAAACUAUUACAUUAUAGAGGAUUCAAAAAUGGCAGAAUUCAACCGUUAUUGUUUCUGAGAGGAGACUAGGAUUAUGCAUUGAGAUGACUUUAAUUUUGGCUUCAGUAAACUUGUUGAUGAACUGAUUUUGGUUUCUGUGGUCCAAAAUGAAUUCGGUACGCCUUGGGUAUUGAAAUUUUUUCUACGAUUGUAAAGUCUGAGCCUUUUGCUUUAGGGGUGUGGAAAAAAUUUGGGCAUUGGGCUAUAGUGUUUAUAGCUUGUAUAUGAAGAUAGUAUAUCGUUCAUCCCUAAUGUAGAACAAAUUGUUCUUAUUUCAA